GUCACACCAUAUCGGUCCUCUUUAGGUGGAGCGGUUCUGCCAGCAAAGACAACGCAAAGCAGCUCGGUGUUGGUCAGCGGUAGAAACAUGAAGAAGUAUCUCACACUUCUCGCCAUUUUUCUCGCCUCGCCUCAUCAGCGGGUCUACUAAGCCGAGGAAACGCCGGACUGACUUGGCCUUUAUGGGGGGUCUGUCGCACCUAGUUCUCCGAUUCUCGGGCUCCGCUUGUCGGACGUACGGAGUGUUUUGCAAAGGCUUGACGAGGACUUUGUUGAUUUUCUUUGAGCUCGCAUGGCGACUGAGAAUCAGAUUCCCUUAUAUCUACCUUGUUGCCUCGAUGGUGUUUAAUGUCAGGUUACAGGUUCACAUUGAAAUCCACUGAGACUACUGCACCAGCAUUCAGACUCCUCCCAGAGAGCAUGUCCCCGCCGUCAGACGACCCUGGUUGACCCAGCACCGUCCAAGAAGAGGACACCUGAUCCUGCAAACCGGUGUGACAAAGCGAUAACAUGCUCAGCAGCUUGUUUCUGUUGCCUGUCGUCACGGGAGCCCGGUGGCUUUGCAGGUGCGGGCAGCGGUGAUGUCUGCAGGUGUGAGACGCAGCGAGGCGGAGGGAGGCUUCGCCGAUCCAGGGGACGAUCAGGAAGAUUCCUGCUUUUUCCUUCGAGGACUUUUGUGACACGAAGUUAAAACGAUUGUUGCUGUGAGACUUUGUGGCACCUUUAUUUUUGUCUUUAUUUUUAGUCACUCAGUGUUACGUCUCACAACCCAAACCUGGACAAGAUCCACUUGAACUUAAACAGGAAGUAUUUCUGCAGCAUGGAACGAGUUAGCAUGCCCCCCCCCCCCCCCCCCCCCAGGUGUGGUUAUGCUUCCUGAUCGGUACGAGUUCUUUUUAAUACACGUUUGCUAGAGGAAAUCUGACGAGAGGCCUAGGAUCGAUUCGCUGCACAUGUUUUAUGUUUACUGUUUGUUUCUGCACUUCAGUGACCCGAGGUCUUAGUGGAGAGAUGCAGAAAAAUACCCUGUUCAGCUGCUACUGAGGAUUUAAGUGUGCUUGGAGUUUUGUGGCCAUAGAACUGAUGGUGAGAAUGAUUUUAAUCUGGAAGGAAUAUUAAUAAACUGCUGUGUGAUUA